AUGAAUUUAAUUGCGCUCCAUCGGCAGCGCUAUGCAAAACUCUUUAUAGCGCUAACAGUGUUCGCAAGUAUUGUGAAUGCAGCGAUUGAAUUGGAAAGUAUUAACAAUGCUUGUAAAAACAAAGAUAAUUGCCGUGAUUGCAUACAAACGUCAAAUUGUGCAUGGUGUAAGGUGCCGAAUUUCACAGAAGACCGUUGCUUUCAAAGCAAUUCGAAUUCAACUUGCACGUCAAUUGAGUUUCCAGUGACAAAGAAGGUGGAAGAAAUUAGUCUUCCCCUCACCGGCAACAAAGUGAGCGAAAAGAAGAAAAACGAUAAAACAAAUGUUCACAAAAUUGUCCAACUUAUGCCGCAAUACAUGAAAUUGGAAUUGAAGCCGAACGAAGCCUACGACUUCACUUUAAAAUACGCACGUGCCCUAGAUUAUCCAGUCGAUUUGUACUAUCUCAUGGACCUGUCAGAAUCUAUGAGAGACGAUAGAGACAAUCUGUCUAUUCUGGGUGAUAUGCUUGCAAAAACUAUGCGGAAUAUUACAGCGGACUUUCGGUUGGGGUUUGGCUCUUUUAUCGACAAAGCAAUAAUGCCUUUCACGAACAUUGUUUUACAAAAAUGGAAUUGCCGGGCAGAUGAAAAAUGCAACAAACCGUAUAGUUAUCGCAAUGUUAUGCCACUCAGCACUAAUACCGAUGAAUUUUCACUCAAAGUAAAAAACGCUAGAAUUUCGCCCAACAGCGAUUCGCCCGAAGGUGGUCUUGAUGCGAUGAUACAGGCGAUCGUGUGUCGCAAGGAGAUCGGUUGGCGUGAAAAAGCACGGCAUUUGCUUGUCUUCUCAACAGAUGCUGAUUUUCAUAGCGCCGGUGAUGGUAAGCUUGCUGGCUUAAUUCAACCAAAUGAUGCCAAGUGCCAUUUGGACAGCGAAGGCUAUUAUACACAUGCAGAGAAAUUGGAUUAUCCAAGUGUCGGCAUGAUAAAGCAUGUAAUUAAAGAAAAUUCGAUCAAUGUUAUAUUUGCUGUUACAAAAGAUGUAUUGGAAAUCUACAAGCAACUGUCGGAUCGUAUUGAAGGAUCAAAAACUGCCAUCUUGACGGGGCAAUCUUCAAAUGUGGUGAAUUUAAUACGGGAACAAUAUCAGCAAAUUUCUUCCUCCAUCGAAAUGAGUGACAACUCCACUGGAAAUGUGAAGAUCACCUACUACUCGUCAUGUCGUGGUAAUGGCCCCGAAAUACCGACAUCGAAAUGCGAUGGACUACGUGUCGAUGAAGAGAUUGAAUUUAAAGUUAACAUACGAGUAACCUCAUGCCCGGCAGAUCCGCGAGAUUGGCAACAAACAAUACAAAUUUACCCAAUCGGUAUAAAUGAGAGUUUAAUAAUUGAUCUCGAAAUGCUCUGCGGUUGCAAGUGUGAGGCCGAAGAGAAUAAGAAGAGUAAAUACUGUUCGUCCAAGGGUAGUUUGAUGUGCGGCGUGUGUGAGUGUGAUGAGAAAUUCGUCGGCGCUAAAUGUCAAUGCUCGAAUACCGAACACAUGAAUUCAACUGAAAAUAGUCACAAUUGUCGUGACAACUCUAUGAAUAUCGAUUGCAGUGGGCGUGGCGUAUGUUCGUGUGGCCAAUGUCAGUGUGAUAAACGUAACAAUGACAAGGAGGUUAUAUCGGGUAAAUAUUGUCAGUGUGACAAUUUCUCUUGCGAGCGAUCCGACCAGAAACUUUGUUCUGGCUCCGAUCAUGGCAAAUGUGAAUGCGGAAAUUGCGUUUGCAAUGACGGUUGGCAGGGCAAAGCUUGCGAAUGUCCGGUAUCUACAGAGAGUUGCCGCAAGCCGGGUGAUGACAAACUUUGCUCCGGUAAGGGCGAGUGCGAGUGCGGCGUAUGCAAAUGCCAAUCCACUGCACAGGGUCGCUUCUCGGGGAAAUAUUGCGAAACAUGUCCCACAUGUUCAAGUCUUUGUUCCGAACUGAAAGAUUGCGUACAAUGUCAAAUGUAUAAGAGAGGCAAAUUUCAGAAUGAAAAGGAUUGCCUUGGCAAUUGCACUCAGGUCGAGACGAUUGCGGUAGAUAAGGUGCGAGAGAAAUUCGAGUUAGUUGAGGGCGAAAAGAACUGUGAAUUUUUUGAUGAUUGCAUAUAUGCAUUUACCUUUAAAGAAAAUGAUGGUCUUUAUAAAAUAGAAGCACAAAAAGAGCGCAAAUGUGCGCCUAAGAUAGCCUUCUUUAAGAUAGCAAUUAGCGUGAGCAGUUCGAUUUUGUUGACUGGACUGGCCACAUUGCUAAUGUGGAAAAUUAUUACGACAAUGCAGGAUCGACGUGAAUAUAAGCGUUUCGAAGCGGAAAAAUUGAAUGCGAAAUGGAAUUCGGGUGGCAACCCACUUUACAAGCAAGCGACUACUAGUUUCAAAAAUCCUACCUAUUCGAAUAAUAUGAAAUAAAUUAUUAAACAUUUGUGUAUUGGUGAUAGUUAAUAAAAAAAUGAAGGAAUUUACGUGAUGGAAAUAUUCGUUAA